AAGCGCGACGUAGCCGGAAGCUGCUGGCGCCAGGUGGGCGACCCGCGCUCCUGCUGCAGCUCGGCGGCCCCCGGCGGUACCCUGGCCUAGUCGCGACCCGACCCCGACCCCAGCUCUGCCCAGCGGCUCUGUCCGCCUCCUCCCAGCAUUAUGGCCAGCCCAAGGACCAGGAAAGUUCUUAAAGAAGUCAGAGUGCAAGAUGAGAACAACGUUUGUUUUGAGUGUGGUGCAUUCAACCCUCAGUGGGUCAGCGUGACUUAUGGCAUCUGGAUCUGCCUGGAGUGCUCUGGGAAACACCGCGGGCUUGGGGUGCAUCUCAGCUUUGUGCGCUCUGUUACAAUGGACAAGUGGAAGGACAUUGAGCUCGAGAAGAUGAAGGCUGGUGGGAAUGCUAAGUUCCAAGAGUUCCUGGAGUCACAGGAGGAUUAUGAUCCGUCCUGGUCCCUGCAGGACAAGUACAACAGCAAAGCCGCAGCACUCUUUAGGGAUAAGGUGGCCACUCUGGCUGAAGGCAGAGAAUGGUCUCUGGAGUCAUCGCCUGCCCAGAACUGGACCCCACCUCAGCCCAAGAUACUGGCAUCUGCUGUCCACCGACCCUCUGGCCAGACACAGAAUGUGACCGCCUCUGCUGACAAGGCUUUUGAGGACUGGCUGAAUGAUGACCUUGGCUCCUAUCAAGGGGCCCAGGAGAAUCGCUACGUGGGGUUUGGGAACACGGCCCCAUCUCAGAAGAGGGAAGAUGACUUCCUCAACAAUGCCAUGUCAUCCCUGUACUCGGGCUGGAGCAGUUUUACCACCGGAGCAAGCAAGUUUGCCUCUGCAGCCAGGGAAGGUGCUACAAAAUUUGGAUCCCAAGCAAGUCAGAAGUUUUGGGGUUACAAGCAGCAGCCAGAGCCGGCUUCAGAGUUGGGCCACAGCCUGAAUGAGAAUGUCCUCAAGCCUGCGCAGGAGAAGGUCCAGGGGGUCGGCAGCAAGGGGUGGCGGGAUGUCACCACCUUCUUCUCCGGGAAGACAGACGAGCCCCCAAGCAGGCUCAUCGAGGGCCAGAGCUACCAGAACAGUGGCAGGGACAUCUUCCAGAACAACACCGUAGACCAGAGCUUCUGGGAGACCUUUGGGAGCACCGAACCCCCCAAGGCCAAGUCCCCGAGCAGUGACAGCUGGACCUGCGCAGACACCUCGACAGGGAGGAGGAGCUCAGACAGCUGGGACGUGUGGGGCUCAGGCUCCGCGUCCAACAACAAGAACAGCAACAGCGACGGCUGGGAGAGCUGGGAGGCCACCAAGAAGGCCGCGCCCCCCGCGGCUGUUGACGAGGGCUGGGACGACCAGAGCUGGUAGGCCCUGUGGGGGCUACUGAGUUUGCACUUUGCCCUCCUAGUUCCUCCUCCCAUGUGACCCAAGCAAGAGAAGUGACUGCAGCGCCAGGACAACACCCAGGUGGGACUCGAGGUGGCCCCACCUGCCGGCAUGGAGCUUGAGUGUGAGCGGCCCUCUCCCAGGCCUCGUGGGGGUGCGCCAGGCACCGGUCGGGGUCCCCAGCAGCCUUCUGGACUCAUCAGAUCUCAGGGCAGGACUCUGCUGAGGGCAGGAGUCUGCUGCUGCCUCGAGGUGGCCUGGCACAGGGCUGGGCCCUCAGCCUUGGGCAGUGCUCUCAGCGAUGCCGGACGUCUGUUUUUGUUGAAAUGUGUUUUUAACUUUAAAGAAUCGGGCUAGUUGUUUUUUCUUUUUGAAGAAAAGGCCUGGAGUCUUAGAGAUGGACAUGCUGAAAGCAAUACCAGAGCUUGCACUGCCGUUGGACCCCUCCCCUGAGCCCAUGUCUCCAUGGCCUGUGCUGUGAAACUCUCCGCCAUGACCUGGCCCUCCUGGUGGCCCUGUCCAGCCCCCAUUUCUCUGAUGAACCUGCAUGGGUAGCCACACACAGCUUCGUGGCUCUGGCCUGUUGAUGCAGAGCUGGUCUCAGCACAUGAACUCUGCCCUGUCAGAGAUGAAGACGGAGCAGCGGGGCUGAGGGCGGCCUCAGUGUGUCUGCCUCUCCCGGGCCACUCUGGAGACUCGGGGUGGCCUCCCUGGACCUGCCCCCCCAGCGUAGCAGUUUGUUGUGCAUCGGGUCUGCGGUGGCCAGGCCUGCUCCCAGCCCGAGCCUCGGGACGCAGGCAGAUCUGCACCUGUGGCCCCGUCUCCCUACACCCACCUGGUCUUCCCAAGCCUGGCACUCAGGUCUCACUGGCCACACAGAGCCCUCCUGGUCUUUGAACCUGUUGGCCCAUGUGAAGCACACGCAGCAUGGGCUCCCUGGACUGGACACUGGCGUGCUGCAGAUGCAACCAGUGACCUGUGAUGCCAGCACCCUUGGUCUGACUGCCCCUCCCUCAGGAUCCGACGUCAGUGCUGCCACGGCAUAGCGGAGGGUGUAGUGAGACACACACACACACACCCUCCCCCGCACCCAGCCCUGUGUGCCCUCAGUUUGACCAGCAGUGCAUGCACCUCAA